CUGUUGCUACUCCAAAGAUUUUGUUUGGAAAUUACUAAAAAGAUACUGGACACUGUCAUUAAUUUUGCAAUAAUUCCGUGGAGCGGUGUCGGAGAGAUAGUUGAUGCACCAAUAGAAUAUAAUCAUGCACCAUGUGAGAAAAAAAUACAAGUCCACAAGGUGCAAUUUUUAUUCAGGGUGUUUUUUAAUAAUGCAACUGUCUAUGCAAGCGUGGGAGUAUUUGUGGACCGUGCUGAUGAUCGCGAGGCACUCUCAUUCGCUUUUAGAUUACUUGAUUAUCCAAAUGUCUCA